CCUCAGAAUGCAAACAGGUUGUCCUGAGUUCUGCGAAUUACCUGAUUAUUUGAUUCAGGUAUGUUGAAACAAAGACAGGUGUGUCUCUGUCAAGUUAAACACCUUUGCAGUGAUGAAUCGGUAAAAGUGUCUAAUUAGCUUCACCAUAUAAAAGCCGAAGAAGACAAGCUCCGUGGUAUUGUUAUGGUAAACAAGACGUCAACAAACAAAAAUGCAGUCUGCCGUGAGACAAAACUACCACGCAGAGACUGAAGGCGCCAUCAACAAGCUCGUCAAUCUGAAGCUCAGCGCUUCCUACACCUACCUUGCCCUGGGGAUGCAUUUUGACAGGGAUGAUGUCGCAUUGCCACACUUCUCCAGUUUUUUCCUGGAGCGCUCCAUGAAGGAGCGGGAACAGGCUGAGGAGCUGCUGGAGUAUCAGAACACCAGAGGAGCCCGGAUUCUGCUUCAGACAAUCACUAAACCGAGCAGGGAGGACUGGAGAGGCGGUCUGGAUGCGUUGACCUUCUCCCUGGAAUACCAGAAGUCUCUGAACACUUUCAUCGUGGAUGUUCACCGCAGAGCCGACGGCAACAAAGACCCACAUCUGUGUGACUUCCUGGAGCGGGAGUUCCUCAUCGACAGCCAUGACACCAUCAAGAAGCUGGGCGACCACAUCGGCAGUCUGACCCACCUCACCACCUCCGACCCGAACGGCUCCAUGGCAGAUUACCUGUUCGACAGACACACUCUCUAAAAAAGCAUUAGACAUCUCCAGCUGUCAAUUUCCAAAGAGGUCAAAGCUGCAUUUGUUUCUGUCAAAACAAAAUAUUUGCACAUUUAACCCUAAACUCCAUUUCUGUACAAUAGGUCAAAGGUUAACUGGAAUUACUUCAACUUUUCUAAAUGAACCAGGAGUUCUGAAGUUGUAGCAAAAGCCAUAAUUUUUUGUAAUAAGCUGUUACUGUGAAAUGAAUCGUAUUUGGUCUGUAUCAUGUCCUAUAUUCACUUUUUACCAAAUGCAAACUAUUUCUGAAUCAAACUGUUGAAAUUUCAAUAUCUAAUAAAUCUAAACUUUUGAAGCA